AUAUGCCUACACGGCUACCAUCUUGGCGAUCGACGACCGACGUCCGACGAACAGCCUGGACCGGUGGCUGGUUUGUUAGUUUAUUCAACCUUAGUACCUUACUAACCCUACGGUCUAGUAACCUUAUUACGUAAUACCUAAUAAGUAAUAACUAAUAAUUUUACUCCGCGAAGCAGGUUCUUACCAAAAUACUGAAUGUCAAUUAUCAAUGUGACGUGACGUCGUAGAGCCUUGUUCGCCCUGAACACUGCAACGUUGACUCCGAAAAUCUGCUGUCCGCCGGGUUUGGCCAACUGAAUCGGUGGAUGUCGUUCACCGCUCAGACGAAAUUGAAUUUCGUCGAAAAUCAAUAAAUAACGAUGUCCGCCUGUCAUUGGUCCACCGUUCGUAGCUGACAACUUUAACCGCUGCCCGGCUGGGUGCCGCCGUCUGAUCGUUUGGUUUUCGCUGGUGCAGAAUUCCUCAAAGAACCGUUCAACAUGAGCAACAAUCAGAUGCAUUUGCACAGCGAGAACUUCGAUCUCUGCAGACUCUGUCUGUUAGAACCGGAAUCGAACAGACACGUAAAGUUUAUACACAUAUUCACUCCUAGUAAUGGAGAAAUUAAUAUGAAUCAACAGUUGAUAGACCUAUUAGGAAUCAAAGUGGAGAAGGACGAUAUAAAACCAAAAAUGAUAUGCGAAAAAUGUCAUAGUUUAUUAGUGGACUUUAUUGAACUGAAGAAGAAAGCGGCUGAAUCUCAGAUUGUUAUCAAUUACAUUGCUACGAAAAAAUUUGGUGGUGUUACUAUUCCUGGAACAUCUAAUGCAUCUUAUUCAACACCGGAUUCAAAGAAUAAAGAAGUGGCUACUAAGAAAAAAUCAUCUUCAUUAACCAAUUCUCGAUCAAUAUCAAAAAAUUUAAAUGAAAAUAAUUACAAUAUAAAUGGUUGCAGUACUAGUAGUAGUAUUAACAGUAAUAAUAUACAAGGUGAUUCUAGUCGCUCAUUUAUUACAAAUCAUUCAAAAUCAGCAUAUGUUGAUAGUGAAUCAGAUGAUGAAGAUCCAUCUUGUUCAGUAGUAAAAGACCCUGUUGAAAUUGUUGAUCUAUUAUCAUCAGACAAUGAAGAAACUUGUAAAAGUAAUUUUAAAAAUGAAUCUAUAAAUGAAGCUGAAAAAUUGUACUACUGUUCCAUCUGUCAAAAGAAGAAUAUUUUGAACCAUGAUUGUUCUCAACACAAUAAAUCUUUCUUUACUUGCUUGGUGCCUAAUUGUAACAUUCUGUCAAGAUCAAAAAAAGAUUUUACACCACAUUAUCGACGACAUAUUGGCUUAUCUUCAACUGCAGUUAUGUGUCGUCGUUGUUAUCAAGAAAUAAAAAAAACUGACCGCGACGCCAGUGGUCAUUAUCACAUUCGCUGCCGUACUGUAAAUUUAUUUAAAUGUUAUGCAUGUAGUGUUGUAUUUAACAGCAUGGAAGAAUUUGCUUAUCACAAAUUAAAAUCACAUAAUGGCCGAUUGAUGAACUCGUUCGGUAAUUAUUUAUGUUUUCAUUGUGAAAAAUCGGCUCCAGAUCUAACAACAAUUAUUGAGCACACUAAACAUUGUCUUGAAAUUCAGGCUAAAAAUAUAAUUGAGUACGGUAUGAAACUAAAAGAACCUACAGAAAAUGAAACUGAAUUAUUACCGGUUAAUAAAAGUCCUUUGAAAAAUGUGCUGGAACGUAAAAGAGGAAAUGUGAAAAAGAUUCCACGUUCAUCGACACAUAUACUUUUUACCUGUUUAAAACCUUCGUGCAAUCUCAUCUUCCAAAACUUUAAUGUUUUUAAAUUUCAUCAUCGUGAACAUUUUGAAUUAGGGAAUUCAUUGAUGUGCUGGCAAUGUUGUGUGCCAUUUUCUACUUUAAAUAAUCUUAGAGGUCAUCAAGUAAAAGGUAACUGUCGUAUUCCUGGCAUGUUCAAAUGUUAUGAAUGUUCUGAACAAUUUGAUGAUCUUCAAAGUUUGAGUAUUCAUAAAUUUACCUUGCAUGAUGGUGAUUUAAUAUCAAAUAAAAAAAAUAAUAAGAAUCUUAUUUGUGCAUAUUGUCAUAAAGGAAUUCUUAUUCAUAACUUCAAAUCUCAUUUGAUCGCAUGUCAAUACAAUAAUGUAGAAACAAAUUCAACAAUAAAACCUAAAUCUAAAACUACCUAUACUAAAAAGUAUAAAGGUCCUUAUAAAUGUAUAAUUUGUAAUAAAGUGUGUCUUACAGCCGCAGCCUUAUCAAGUCAUGUAAAGAUUCACAAUCCAUCUCCACCAAAAAAAAUUGCAAAAAAAAGAAUGAGUAAUACAUCUUUAAAAACUGAUUAUCUUGGAUUGGGUAAUUUAAAUAGUCCAAAUUUAAAAGCUGAAUAUCUUGAAGUGGUCAACACUUGUAAACAAGAACCUGAAGAAACAAAUCAAAAUAGUACUUCUCACUUUGAUGAAGAAAUUGAAUCCAUCAUUGAAAUGGCCACCGCUGAUGAAAAUAAUGAAAUAGAUGCUGAAAUGACUACAUUAUCUGAUCAUUAUCUAAGUAAUGAAACAACAGAAUCUGUUAAUCAUGACACAUACACAAUUAAAUGUACUAAUUGUCCAAGAAAAUUUAAAUCAAAUUCAGGAUUGGCAAGACAUUGGCAAUUUUGUGAUCAGCAAAAUACUUUGAAAAGUAAACCUCAAAGAUAUUAUUGUACUAAAUGUAAAAAAUAUUUUACACGUCUAACGUUUUUUCAACAUUGGAGACUAUAUCAUGGAAAGAGACUUCCAUAUCAUAAAUACAGACGGUAUUCUUGUAAACAAUGUCCCUUUAAAUUUAUGUACCAAAUAGCUUUAAUAAUGCAUAUUGAACAUGAGCAUGGUGUAAAAGAUAAUACUGUAGCUGUUACAUCUAAUGUAACUCCUACUAACUAUGUAGAAAUGUUACCAAUUAUAUCUGAAACAACAUCAUUGGCCAACAAUAUCUCUGAAACGACAUCAAAUGCUAACAAUAUCCCUGAAACAACAUCAAUGGCUAGCAAUAUUCAUGAAACAACAUCAAAAGUCAUCAAUAUCCCUGCAUCAACAUCAUUGGCCAACAAUAUCCUUGAAACAACAUCAAUGGACAGCAAUAUUCCUGAAACAACAUCAAUGACCAACAAUAUUUCUGAAACUACAUCAUUGGCCAACAAUAUCUUUGAAACAACAUCAAUGGCCAACAAUAUUCCCGAAACAACAUCAAUGGCUAACAAUAUUCCCGAAACAACAUCAAUGGCUAACAAUAUUCCUGAAACAAUUAUGGAAAAUAAUAAGGAACACAAUGGACACAUUAAACAAAAAGCAAAUGAAAAUACAUUAUCUCAAUGGCCUGAUAACAAAAUUAAAGAAAAUAUAACUGAACAUAAUACAAAUGAAGAAAAUAUUGAAAUCAUUGACAUAACUAAUAAUAAUGAUGAUGGAGAAAAUGAAACUGAUGUUUACACUGCUCAAAGUAUAAAUCAAAUUAUAGAUCAUUUGAAUGAUAGUGAAACAAUUGAUCUCCUUUAUGAUGAAGAUACAAUGGUAGUUGAGCAUGCAUACUCAAUGAAUGUUUCAGAAAGUACCAACAAUUAUAUUGACAAAACAAUCACUGAAAUAGAUAAAAAUGAAACAAGUAUAUCUUCUGUUGUGGAAGAAGAGAAGACAAAUUGUUUGGGCGGUGAAUUGGUUGCAUUAAACGAUACUGAAAAUGUUAAUCGUGUAAAUGAAAACAAAAUCAAUAACUCUGUUAAAGCACUCCCUUCUUCAAAUGAAUAAAAAAUGGAGGAACAAAUAAAUAAAUUAAAAUUUUUAAAAUAAAUUUUACUAUAUUUCACAGACAUGUAGUAAUCAGUGAAGGUAACUGUAUGAAACUUUAGUAAAGUGUAAUGAAAAAUCUCUUAUUAUAACUAAAGUUAAAAGAAAAAAACUCCUACACACUGAAAAUAUUAUAAUUUUAUUUGAUUUUUUUCUGGAUAACCCAUUUUUUUUUUAUUAUUAUUAUAAUGUUUGUUGCAACUAAUUUUGUGUCAUAAAAUUAUUUAAGUUUUUGAAAUAACUGUAUUUUAACUGGAAAAACAGUUAACUUAAAAUACAAUUAACAUUUUUUAUUAUUAUUGAAUUUAGUGAAUAAGUUUAAACAUAAAGUAGACUACGUACUGAUUUUUAUUUAAAUUUUGUAUUCCUAAAAUGCCUUGUGUAUUUUUUAUUUUAAUACGUAUUCUAUAAACUAUAGUACACCAAAAUAUCUAAAUGAGUUAUGAUUUAAUAGCUUUUCAAUAAAAUUAAAACAAUUAGUUAAUUUUAAAUGUAUGUUAAUCAACUAUUAUUUUGAUUGUAAUACAAGAUUAUUUUGAAUAAAUAUAAUUAUUAAGUAUGGAUUUUUAACAAAAUAAAUAAAUAGCUAAGCUUUUAUAAUGGUAUUCAGGCUUUUAAAUGUUUUUUUUCUAUACAAAUGUAUACUCAAUUCAAAAUAAGAGCGGUACCAGACAGCUGACUUGUGUGCAUGGACGUAGCUUUGAUCUGAAUGCCAAACCUUGUGGUUUACUUGGUAGGAGAAGCAUCUGUGUGCCGCCCGGACAAAAGUUGGUCGACGCCCGGUGAUCUUAUUUUAAAUAGAGUAUAAUAUAUUGACCUAAUAUCUUAGACUUGUAUCAUUAUUUUUUAAAAUAUAAAUUACAUGUAAUAUUAAUAAAGUAUCCACCUCUUAAUUCUGUAUACCUAAGAAUAUUUUAUUAAGUAUAACGUUUUACAUUUCUAUAUUUUUUUUUUUUUAAAACUUAAUUAAAUAUGACUUAAGUAUAAUAAAAAUACACAUUUGAUAUAUCAAUAUUGAACAAAAUUAAAUUUAUUAAUUAGUAUUUUACUAAGGUUGUAGUCUAUACUUAGUGGCGGAUCGAACUUAAAUUUUAAAUGACGUAAUUUCUUAUUUAAUUAUUUACCACCAGCACACUACACUUAUAAAGUAUUCUAAAUUAUAUUAUAAUUUAUUUAUUUAUACAUAGCAGAGUUAAGAUGUAAAUAAAAUAAUGUGGCCAAACCUUAGCAUAGACUGACGCCACUGCCAUCAUAGAUAUUAUAGAGUAUUAUUCUUAAAUAUCUAUGUCUGCCACCACCCCUUUGUUGACGCAGCUGCAUCAAAAUUGAGACUUUCGACCCGCCACUGUCUAUACCUAGCAUCACAGACGCAAAAAUAAAUUUCAGUUCUUACUUAUUUUUAUUUUUAUAUUCUUAACAGAAAAUUAAUAGUAGAAUGUAUAGUAUUAAAAUAAUGUUAUAUGAAUAUAUUAUAUUGUAUUAAAUUUCUUGUAAAAUCGACUUCAAUAUAAUAUUUUUUUAACAAAUGAA